UACCAGCAAACAGUGUUGAGAUCACCUGGGACUUAAAUAACUCGAGAUUGCUGGCGCUUUCGACACCGAACUACAGUUUCGUAUCUCAUAAAUGUGAUAAAAUGUCUUAAAUGGAUAUGAGGUAUUGUGUUCAUAUAUACUGGAGCUACAGUAGCUGGUAUUCACUACAUAGCUUCUGCAAUGCUAUUUUGCCUCUGUUCAUAUACAGGGCAAUACAUGCGGAGUUCUUCACGAUGGACAACCCGAUUCCAAGUUCUGUUGAUGCUGUGGACGUCAAAGCAGCUCACGACAAAAUAACAGACAUUGCCAACAGUGUGUUUUGGGCUGUGUUCAAGUUCAAGAAGGGCAUUAUCAAGACCAGCUCAACGGGGACAGACUUCAAAUCCUUUACAGCUCAGUUUGCAGAUGACGAGGUAGCAUUUGCUUCCCUUCGCCUUAAAGGCCAGAACGUUUUCGUGUUGUGGAUAGGGGAAAAAUCACAACAGACAGACAAGUUAAUGGCGACUGCAGUAGCACCGUUUAUACAGGCUAUCAUAAAGACAUUUGCGUACGAGUAUACAACCAGCAAAAAAGCUGACAUCGACCAGGACCACAUGAUUAAACUCUUAAAGGAGGCAAAGGGAACCACAUGAGUCCAUGAAAACCUGAAAGAAAACCAUGGAUGGAAAACGGUCGUCUUGACUCCU